AUGAGUGACGUGAAACGCUCUCUCUUGGAUAUGAGUCCAGGUGGCAAAACGGACGAUGCAGACGAAGAAACAGAUGAUCACAUUGAGAGUAAUGAAACUUUCGCCGAGUUUUGCACAAGACAAGCCCAAAAUGUGGUUCACUUUCUUGUGGAAGACUGGUUUCUUUCUGCUCUUCUGGGUAUUAUCACUGCUGUUCUCUCCGUGGGAAUGGAUGUUGCAAUCGAAGUUUUACAGCAUGCCCACGUAACCUUUUAUGAUAAAAUGUUAGCCAUCUCAACGUAUCUGGCAUUCUCCCAAUGGGUCGCGCAUAUUGUUAUUCUCACAAUGUUCUCCGCUAUUUUCUGUCAAAUUGUAUCGAAACAGGCAGUUGGAUCUGGAAUCCCUGAAGUGAAAGUAAUCAUGCACGGAUUCAAAAUGGAAAACUAUCUGACAACGAGAACUUUAGUGGCCAAAAUGGUUGGGCUGACGUUGGCAAUGGGAGGAGGAUUACCAAUUGGAAAAGAGGGACCUUUUGUGCAUAUGGGUGCCAUCGUUGCCACGUUGCUCUCAAAGAUCACAUCGGCGUGCCAGUAUUCGGCGUUUUUUAGCAAUGAAGGACGGGAAAUGGAGAUGUUGUCGAGUGGAUGCGCUGUGGGAAUUGCAUGCACCUUUUCAGCGCCAAUCGGAGCCGUCUUGUACGCAAUUGAGUCAACAUCAAAGUACUUUGCCGUGAAAAACUAUUGGAGGGGUUUCCUUGCUGCCACGUGUUCUGCAAUUGUCUUCAGAUGUGCAAACUUCUUUGUGACAGCAGAACAAUCUGGAACAAUCACUGCAUUUUACCAGACAAGGUUCCCAACUGAUUGUUUUCUUGUCGAGGAGCUCCCGAUAUUUCUUCUUCUUGGAUUUAUCAGUGGACUGAUGGGAUCUCUUUUCAUUUUCAUUCAUCGUCAAAUCUCAAUAUUCCGGUCGAAGAACAGAGUGUACAAGUUGAUUUUUAGAAACAACUUCCUCGCCUUCACUGUAUUCAUGGCCUUUGUUGUCGGAGUUCUUACUUUCCCUAACGGUCUCGGAAGAUAUUUUGCUGGUAGAUUGACGUUCCGAGAGACUAUGGCUGACUUCUUCAAUAACUGUACAUGGGCAACAAACGACUCGAGAAGAUGUCCGGAUUCAAUUCUGACUCAUUGGACUGGUGGAACUGAAGGAGAUGUUUCGAUAUUCACCAGUCUCGUACUCUAUUAUAUUCUCUAUUUUGUGUUGGUUGCCAUCUGUAUCUCCAUCAAUGUGCCAGCUGGAGUUUUCGUCCCCUCGUUCAUUAUCGGAGCAGCGGGAGGAAGAUUAAUGGGAGAAACGAUGGUUGUCCUGUUCCCAGAAGGAAUGCGUGGUCCUGGAGGCCCUCCAAUCCAUCCAGGUCUCUAUGCAGUUGUGGGUGCAGCUGCGUACACUGGAGCUGUCACUCAUACGCUUUCUGUCUCCGUUAUUAUUUGUGAACUCACGGGACAACUUUCACCAAUUCUUCCUGUUUUGAUUGCCAUGCUCAUGGGAAAUGCGGUUUGUAAGUUCUUACAACCAUCGAUCUAUGAAUCAAUUAUUCGUGUCAAAAAGUAUCCGUAUCUUCCGGAUUUGCCACCAUCAAGAGUCUCAGUUCACACUGUGAAAGUGGAACAAUUGAUGGUGACUGAUGUGAUCUAUAUCACGAAAGAUAUGACUUAUCGGGAGAUGAAAGACAUUCUUCAAUUGGCUCCUCACUUGAGAAGUUUCCCAAUUGUCACUGAUCAUGAAAACAAAAUUCUAUUGGGAUCAGUAGCAAAGCGGUAUUUGACAAUGCUAUUGAGACGUCAUGUAUUAGUAAAUCAACAAGACAGUCGGAAUAUUGGAAGAAUUACUCCAGCAGAGAUAUUCAACACAAUCAGAAGAACUAGUAUGAGACUGUCUCGCCGUUCUCCAUCUCGUCGUUCCAAUAGUUCUCAAACUCGCGAGAACUCUAUCCCAGAGACAGCUCGCAGUGAUGCUCAAUCUACUAACGAUCAAGUGGAAUUUGUAUCAGAACGAACUAUUUCUGGAAACACACUUUUAUCCAUUUCACCCCUUCACUGCCCUAAUAAUAUUCCACUGCAAGCAGUAUUCACUCGCCCUUCUUCAGCAGAUCUUUCGAAAGCAGAAACAAAUGAGGAUAUUCUACUCAAUCGAAACAUUGAUCUUGAUGAAAUUGCCAUUGACGCGGCACCAUUUCAACUUGUUCUAGGAUCUUCUUUGUACAAAGUUCACACUUUAUUUUCUCUUCUUGGAUUAUCUCAUGCCUACGUCACAGAUUGUGGAAAACUAGUUGGAGUUGUUGGUUUGAAAGAGCUUCGUGACGCUAUGGCUAACAUCUAUGUGAGAGGAGCCGUGGCACCAGUGAAACCAGAUAGAAAACUGACAUCUGGAACUUAUCUGGAUAUGUCUCAAAUGCAUCGAGACAAACUUCAGAGUAAUCCCCCAAUGACACCUCCAGCAAAUGGACAUUCUAUCUCAAUGGAAUCUCCAAAGUUUGGAAAUUCUUUGACUGUUCCUCCAAUGGCUCUUUAA